GAAUGGGUUGAAAGCAUGCGUAAAUCCAUCGUCGAACAUAACGAUGAUGAAAUCGGCAAAAUUCCAGUUAGUAUCUUCGCCGUCCCCAAAGUACUUCUCGCCACCGAUCCCGAAGCCUACAUCCCACAGCAAGUCGCCUUAGGUCCCUUCCACCAUUGGCGCCCGGAGGUCUACGACAUGCAGCGGUACAAGCUCGCCUCCGCACGAAGAACCCAGAAACAAAUGAAUGUCAGCUUCGAACGUAUCGUCGACGUUAUGAAGAAAAACGACGAGAGUCGAAUCCGUGCUUGCUACCAUAAGUUCUUGGAUAUGUCCGGUGAUGCUCUCAUCUGGAUGAUGGCCGUUGAUAUGGCGUUUCUGCUGGAGUUUCUUCAGGUUUACUUGAUGAAACAACAAGGCCGGAUUCUCAAGAAAGUCGUUUCCGGGAUGUCUCAUUUGGUCGAUGCCUCCGGGAAGAAACUGUCGCAUAUGGCGAUUCUUCGUGAUUUGGUGAUGGUUGAGAACCAGAUUCCAUUGUUUCUGAUCAAGACAAUGUUGGAAGCUCAACGGAAACAGAUGAUUCAUGAACUGACAGCUGAACAGACGUUGAAGACCAUGUUGAUGGGGUUGUACCAUGAGCUUUCUCCCUUUCAAGAAAAAGAGUUGCCGGAGGUUGACAUUAGCGACUGUGAUCACCUUCUCGAUUUUCUGUAUCACAUGACAGUGCCAAACAACAAAGAACUCGGUAUCGAAGAGGCUGAGAUCGAUAUCGAGAAUGAAGGUAUCACCGAGGUUAAACAAGGAGAUGAAGCAGAAGAAGAAUCUUUCGCAAAACAAAGUGAUGUUCGACGUUUCAUGAAUGCUAUCUGGACAAUCAUCUCCAAAUCAAACAGAGGUCUUGUAGCUCUUUUCAAAAAAAUCAUAUUCGGGAAACCAGUCACGUUGUUGAUGAAAUUCCCUUGGAAGAUCAUCUCUAAUCUCCCCAUACUCAAACUCCUGAAAGAACCCAUCGAACACAUGGUCGAAAACUUUCGUGGUGACGGAGAGAAGAAAUCGGAAGACGAUGGCAUCGAUUCAAAGGCACCAUUAAUCGAGGAAAUAACAAUCCCAUCGGUCACUGAGAUGGCCAAAGCCGGGAUCCUUUUCUCACCCGUUAAUGGUGGAAUUUUCGACAUCAGCUUCGAUGAUAUAACAAGCACACUUUCACUCCCAAUAAUCAAUUUGGACGUAAAUAGCGAGGUGUAUUUUCGAAACUUGGUAGCAUACGAAGCCUGCGUAGCCGCGGGGCCAUUGGUGGUGGCUCGAUAUACCGAGUUAAUGAACGGAAUAAUCGACACGGAAGAAGAUGCAAAGUUACUGAGUGAGAAAGGGAUAGUUCUGAACCAUCUGAAGAGUGAUAAAGAGGUUGCAGAUCUGUGGAAUGGAAUGAGUAAGUCUGUGAAACUUACGAAAGUUGCAAAGAUGGAUAAAGUGAUUGAAGAUGUGAACAAAAGGUAUAGCAGGACAUGGAGGGUAAAAUUGUCCAAGUUCAUGAAGACAUAUGUGUUUGCAUCUUGGAAGCUUCUAACAUUGUUGGCGGCUGUGUUUAUGUUGUUCUUGACGAGCUUACAAGCUUUCUGUUCGGUUUAUAGCUGCGCUCGAGUGUUCCAUCAGCUUCCAGAAAUCCCAGGAUCUGAAGGGGUUGCUGAAUGA